AUGUCCGACCAAAGACCAAUCAGACUUGCUGUACUGGGGGGAGAAUCCACAGGUAAGACAUCUUUUGUUUCCAGACUGACUUUGAAUAUUGUUCAUGAAGUGCACUAUCCAACAAGAGAUCAAACAAAUUGGUUAUUUGAUUAUAAACCUCACUCCAAAUUAGCCAAGACAAUAUUAGACGAUCAGGCCCACGAAAGACUAUCUAGACGGACUCCAGGAAGUCAAGCACUUGAACCUAUUUUCAAAUCGCCAUCGGUUAGUGCAAAUGUUUUAUUAUCACCACUAGUUUUCCAGUCUUUCAUGGACAACUACACUCAAGUAAAGACACAAUUUAAGACCAAAUCAAGUCCCAACUAUCUUUUGAAAAACCUAGAAAUCAAAAUGUCCAAUGACCCCGUUAAUAACAACUCUCAAUCUUUGGCCAAAUAUGUCAAAUCAACGGCAAGAUCAUCAUCGACAGAUUUAGGCAGGAAAUUCGAGGACAAUUCUAGCGUUAAUAUUCCAGAAAAUUAUAUUCCUCCUUCAUACCAACCUAUCCCGAUCGAUAUAAUAGAUACUUCUGCAUUCAAACCAGAGCUGGUCGUUCCCUUUUUAGAGGUGUCUUUAUUCAGGAAUUUGGAUAAAAAUAUAUUAAGAGGAUUAGCAGAUGAACCACGAAGGCCCGUCUCGACAACUUCUUUAUUAGUGGCGUCAGGUGCUUCCGAGUUAAAUGGUAAGAUAGAUGGCUAUAUUCUUGUCUAUAGUGCCAUACCCGAGAUUUCUCAUCAUGCAUUAGCGUCUCCUCCAUCGUAUAAUGAUAAUGUCAAUAAUACUGAAGUCACACCAACUGAUGGUGGAGGAUUUUCAAUUUUGAGUAAAAUAAGAGCAUGCAUCUUGGAUGCAUGGACUGAAUUCAGAAAUUAUCAAAAUGGUUGGGAACAAGGUAAAGAAGAUGAUAUUUAUUCAAUUUUACAUAAUUUCAAGAGUAUUUGGAGGUCGCCAGAGGCUGAAGCUGCAAAAAUGAAUAAAGUAAAAAAUUUAAGAUCUUACAGGACCACAUUGGACUCUAUUGACUUAGAUCCAUCAUCACCCAACUCCCCCCCUCCUUGCAUCAUUGUAUGUACACACAUUAACGAAGAUCUAUCAAGUCCUCUACUUGUGGAUAUGGGAAGAGAGCUGGCCACUAGCUGGAAUUGUGGAUUUGUUGGAGUCAAUAAUAUUGAUGAUUUUAACGUCGAUGUAGCUAUGAGUUUAAUAGUGAAGGAAAUUGUUGAAAAAGAUAAAUUGAUUACAAAAAAUAGAGAAAACGCUAAUGACGGUGAAAAUAGUAGUAAUGGAGUGUUUAGAAAGAUUAUAAAGUCUUGA